UAAUUUCAUCCAUGCUCCCGAAACGGUGAUUUUUUUUUUGUAACACCGACGGCGGAUUGGAGACCAAAACCCGGUAAAACCACAGCGACAAUGUUCAAACUGGAAGGACUCGGGCCUAAAAUGGACCCAGAGGAGAUGAGGAAGAAAAUGCGAGAAGACGUGAUCUCAUCUUUGAGAAAUUUUCUUAUUUACGUCGCGCUUCUCAGAGCCACUCCAUAUGUGUUAAAGAAGCUGGACAGCAUAUGAGUGGAGCAGCUGGUCUCUUCUCUUAUCCAUCCACUAAGAGAUUAUUGCAUCGGAGACAGCAUGGACCAUCAUCAUGGGCAGACAGCUGGGGCCAUGGCAGAACACCCCGUGUAAGAAGAUCAGCAUCUGUCCAUCACUGUACUGGAGAAAACAAACUUCACGUUUCAGUCUCUCUCUCUUUCUGUUUUUUUUUGUUAAAUAUAAUGUGAUCAUUGCUAAAUGUUUGUGUUUUAGUGUACUUGCCUUUUGGGUCACGGAAUAAAGAGAAACCAUGUUGAAACGGUUGUAGCUGAAGAGAGACAAUGUUCACACGUGCUUAAAUAAAUAUGUUAACUGUCACAGCACACUGGAAAAUUUACUACACUCAACAACUGACUCACCUGCAGCAGACAACUUACUGUAUUCGACUUUAGGUUGAUGCUAGUAAUGUCUGUUUACAGUAGGUCUGCAAAAGCCAGUUCUAGAGAUCUCAGUUACAGUGUUUGAAUGUGUAUUUGUUUCAUUUCUCAGAGAAAAACUGAGAAGUAGUUUGCCUUCUCUCUGAAAUGGUGACCCAUUAAGUGCCUAUAAAUCUUUGAUUUGGGACCUUUAAUUGGCAAGUUCUCCAAUUUAAAUGGAAAUUUGUAUGAUUAAUACGUCAAGGAAAUGUAAGAAUGAAACCUGCUUUAAAAAAAAAACAAAAACAAAAUGGUAACUAAAGUGUUCUGCACAAGAUUCUUAACUAGAG